AUGACACGAGCUCUCCAGUCUCUCUUUCUUCAUCUCGCCGAGCUGCGAUUGUCCGAAGCAUACACCCCCAACAAAAAAACCGAUUCCUUUACCUCCCUCUCAAGUACAAUCGCGUCCAAAAGUGAGUCAAGCAGCUCAGUGCAGAUUGAGGAUGACACUAAUUCUAAUGAAGACGUAUCGAAUGAUGUUCAACGUGAAGCUAUUAAUCCAAACAAAAAAACGUUGUCAAAUACGUCUAAAUCCAGACGAGCAACUCACGAGAUUUAUCCUCCCGGAA